AUGUCCCUUGACUGCAAACUGCAGGCCUAUUUCGAGAUCUCCGAGCAAUUGCUACUUGGAGAGUCACUCGAAGAUACUUACAUCUGCAUCCGUGGGAGAAGCUGGGGCAAGCCAAAGAACCCGUUCGCAAUUUCGCACACCGACGAACCCUCAGACUUCGUGUUCCUACGGCAGCCGCCGUCACCCAAAAUCGAGAAGCGCCCAAGGGCCAAAUCUGAUGUCGACGGACCAUACACAGCCACACUGAGCUGCAAGAAGCGGCGCUUGAGGCUUCAUCUCAUUACCAGUCGACUUUCCCAACCGUUCUCGCUACCCGCGACGCACAUUAUCAAUCGCGAGGCCAUUGCUUCGGGUGAUAAGCGUUUCGUUAAGCUGGCGGCUGUGGCUACCUCCCCGGAAGUCGGGAAGCAGGGUCUGAACCGAGAGGGUUCGAUCAUGCUGAGGGCUGCGGUGCUCAACAGGGUCAGACUACGCGUGCGGAACGAGGCGAUACUGCGAGGGGAUCUUGUCGUUGCCGUGACUGCUGCGAAUGCUGCGGUUCUUCACCAUGGCCAGCAGCUGGCCACGGGAGCCAGAUUUGUGGCACAAUCAUCUGCACUUGCAGAACAGCGGCAACAAACACCCCCGGCGAGAGUGCUACUGAUGCGACCAGGCGUCUCGCCUAGCACACCGAGCCCGGCAACUUCUCUUCCGGCAUCAAGAGCACCCCAGCCUUCCCGAAUAGUUCCCAAAUCGCCGCGGCUCCAACCUACCCGCUCACCAGUCCUGGCCCCUUCCGGAGCGAUGCUCGAAGACAUGGAAGACGACGGCCUUCUAGCCUUUCCCACAGCGGAUCACGACUGUUCCUAUGCCUGGGCGGACGACGACGAUUUAGAGGAUGUGUACUCGGAUUUCGGCGCCAUAUUUGGCGGACCGGCGCAAAAUGGAGAGAUCGAGGACGAUGGCCACUCCUACGAGGAAUACCUUGAUGAACUAGAUGGCAUAUCGUGGGUGGGCGGCAGGUAG